CGGCGGCGAGACGCAGGGCGGCAGCUCUCUAGGCAGGAGUCCUUGCGAAGCUGCGCCGCGAUGUCUUCUCCUUCCAAGGCGAAGGAGGUUUUCUCCUCGGACGAAGAGGGCCCCGCCGCCGGGGCCGAGGAUCACCACAAAGUCAAGGUCUCCAGCUUGCCUUUCAGCGUGGAAGCGCUCAUGUCCGACAAGAAGCCCCCGCGAGAGCCGAGGGAAGGCAUCGAAGGGGCCGGCUUGGGCACUUCCCGGAACCUGCUCUUGCCCGCUCACGUCUCCAGAGAAGCUCCCAGCCCCGGGGGGCUUACAAAAACCUUCGAGACCUCGUCGGUUAAAUCCGAGAACUCCGAGGAUGGCUCUUCGUGGAUCCCGGAGGCCGGCCGAUACUCCCCGCCCCCAAGGCACCUGAGUCCCACCGCCUGUACGCUGCGAAAACACAAGACAAAUCGGAAGCCCCGAACACCAUUCACCACCUCCCAGCUGUUGGCUUUGGAGCGCAAAUUCCGACAGAAGCAAUACCUCUCCAUUGCUGAAAGGGCUGAAUUCUCAAGCUCACUUAACCUCACAGAGACACAGGUCAAAAUCUGGUUCCAAAACCGGAGGGCCAAGGCAAAGAGACUGCAGGAAGCUGAGCUGGAGAAGUUAAAGAUGGCGGCCAAGCCUAUGUUGCCUUCUGGCUUUAGCCUCCCUUUCCCCAUCAACUCCCCUCUCCAGGCAGCCUCCAUCUAUGGAACAUCGUAUCCCUUUCACAGACCUGUGCUUCCCAUCCCACCUGUAGGACUCUAUGCUACUCCUGUUGGAUAUAGCAUGUACCACUUAUCAUAAGAAGCUCAGAAAGCACAGCUGCAGCGCAAUCCUAGACUUUCUGAUGGAUCUUGCCCAAUUCAAGAGUGCAGUACAAAACCCACUGCUGGUCCUUUUCCUGCAUGCUUGUAUGUGCCUUACCAAGUAUAUAGGAGUUUGGAAGCAGAACCUGUAUUCAACCGGGUGUCACUCAGAAUCUGAUCCUGAAAGAAAGGUGUUUUUCUUUUUAACAUACAUGCUUAAACUAAUAUAGUUUCUUUAUAUACUGCACAUGGGGUGGGAGGAAUCAAUCAUUAAAUCAUGCAUUUUCACAGGAUAUAGUAUUUUCCCCAUGAUGUUCCCUGUGGAGUGUGGCGACAUGUGUUUUCUUUAAAAUGUAGGAACAGUUCAUUU